AUGUCGGUGAAUUUGCCACCGAAAGGCUCGAGGCCGCAGAGUAAGAAUGUCAGGGAGCUCCGGCAGAACAAGAGGCAGGAGCGCGAUGAUGGGGUAUCUAGCCUGUGGGAGGCCCUACAAGCAACGAGCCCUUUGGACGACAUGUCCCUUCACCUCAAGAAGAGACUGGCUGUCUACAUGUCUCUGACACAGUUCUACGGUUACUGGGGAUGGCAGUCACGCGAGGAAAUUGAAGAAUUCGUGGCUGGCUUGCUUGACCUCAAGCCUUCUUCCGCUCACAGAUGGUGUCAUGACUUCGAGACUGAUCAUUACUUGGAGCAGGAUUGCCAGAGUUGGCACCAAUAG